UAAAAGAGGAAAAUUUCACGAUUUGUGAUAAAGGAUUAACGGCAAAGGAUGUCAAUCUUUUCCGUUAUGCUGUUUCCAAUCAUUACUGGUAUCAGCUAUUUUUAGAUGAAUUGCCAGUUUGGGGAUUUGUCGGAGAGUUUGACGCAAAUACUGGUGAUACUUUCUUGUAUACGCAUAGAGAUUUUGUAAUAAGCUAUAAUAAUGAUAAGAUAAUCCAAAUAAGACUUGAAAAUGGUAAUCCGGUCAAGUUAUAUUGGGAGACUCGAGACAUACCGGUACGAUUUUCAUAUUCAGUAAGAUGGGAACCUACUGAAGACUCAUUUGAUUCGAGAUUCGAUAAACUAUUAGAUACAGAAUUUUUUGAGCACAAG